AUGGCGACAUCGUACUCCACAAACGGGUGUAUAAUCAUAGGCGCCUUGCUCUUAGGCUUGGGGAUAUGGAUGUUCAUAUUUGCCAGGCAGAGGGCAUUACCAGUACCAGCUCCAAAGAGCGAAUCUUCCGACAGUGGUGUGGUUAAAGAAGAGGCACAAUCUUCCACGCUACCCAAUCUUAGAGAUCGACGACUUAAAGGCCGAAGGACCCCCACUCGCUCCCACGGCGCGUCUGGUGGUACUGAUUACAACACCCCGCUGCCAGCGUCUAUUGGCGCCACAGACACCCUCACCAUCAACCCCCAUCUGACCAAUCCCAAGCCAGCCCGCGGAUCGACAAAGACCAUUUCAUCGCCACCAACCACUCCACCCUCCACUGCCUAUGCUUCCCGCACACCCAUUUCCCGUCGACGCAGACGAAAGGCCCUACUUAUUGGUCUUAACUAUACGCAGUCUGGCAAGCUCGAUCCCAACGAAAAGCCUGUAAGGAAAAUGGAUCCCUUAAAACAUGCAGUCCGGGAUGCGUGGCGCUUUGCGAGUGCAUUGACCAGAAUCGGGUAUGCGAAAGACGAGAUGCGAAUUGUAACCGACGAACCGAAUCAGCCCCUCGCUUCAUCUCAGUACAUCCUCGAAUGUCUAGACUGGCUAAUUCAAGGUGUCUGCAAGGGUGACCGGCUGUUCUUGAUGUUUUCAGGGCACUGCGUGAACCCCGGGUUUAUGGACAGAGACACAGAGCCAUACCUCGCUGCGGGCGACCAUAUGCCUAUUCAUAAGUUGACUCUGCAUGAGCGUCUGAUUGGCAAAGUCCCAGCUGGGGCUGAGUUGGUUAUAGUGCUGGAUUGCUGUAAUGCCGCUUCAAUGGUCAAAUUGAAGUACUGCGUAGGACGGAUGGACGACAACCAUGAAGUUACAGGAACCAAUACGACUCAAGUUCUAUCUGAACUUGGACAAUCUGUCAACCUAUCCACCAACGCCUUCCCUCAAUCUGGAUCGCUGCAUGGCAUGUCAGCUGUCGCUCAACUUCCUCCCAUCGCACCCUUACAACUGGAACCGAUUAACGCCAGCGGAGCCUUCUUCGGCACCCCCUCAGGCCCAAUGCCUCGACACCGAAAUGGCAAUGUUGCUGCCGCCCCAAUCUUCAGAAUCCCGAUAGGAGCAAGUAAUUUGCAGCCGCCCAUGCGGCGACGUGUCGAUCCUCCAUCCGGGCGUCGAACCGUGGUUGAAGCCCUCCCCAUCACUGGGAACGUGGUCCUCUGGGCUGGCACAGGCGAACACCAGAAAGCUUUCGAAGCCUAUGGGAACGUGAUGAACGGCAUUGUCACCAAUGCUUUAUGUAGCACCCUUGACAACUCUGACGAAUCUGUGGUCACCCAGCAUACAUUAUGGAAGUCCUUGGUCGGAGCCGUUGGCGAGGAGAACAAAUGGCGCAAGGAGCGCGAUGCCAAUAAGUCCAUCAAGGUGGCUCCCAAUCUGCGCGUGCAGCAACCGCAAUUAUGGUCGUCGCAAGAACCGCGAACUCCUUCGUCGCCUAAUCCCGAUCCAUUCAUCCCGUGCAAACCCCAAAGAAAACUAUCGACUUCGUGCCCAUGA